AAAGAAAAAAAAAAAAGCUAAAGUAUCUGAAACAAGUCUGAACCGUUACCACCUCACUUUCUCUCUCCUCUUUCCAUUAUUUCUCUCUCCUCUUUCUCCUUCAUCUUCACACUCUCUUCACUUUCACACUUACUACUUUCUCUUUCUUCUGUAACUAUUCUAGGGUUUGCUAUUUCACUUCCUCUAAUUCCUGAUAAUGUGAGUUAGGGUUAGGGUUUAUGAUUAUCUUUCCAACAUUUUGUUAAUUUGUUCAAAUCUAUGGGGAAUUGUUGCAGAUCUCCAGCUGCUGUUGCAAGGGAAGAUGUUAAAUCCAAACAAUCAGAUAAUACCAAGAGAAAAGAUAAAAACCAACAUAAUUCUUCUGCUAAGAAGUCAUCUUCGUCUUCAUCGAUCACUGUAUUGCCGGAUGUUUCAAAGGAAUCGAUCGAUGAGAAGUAUUUAGUUGAUAGAGAAUUAGGUCGAGGUGAAUUUGGGGUUACUUACUUAUGUAUUGAUAAAGGUACACGAGAAUUGCUUGCUUGUAAGUCGAUUUCCAAGCGGAAACUUCGUACUGCUGUCGACAUUGAUGAUGUUAGGAGGGAAGUUGCUAUUAUGAAACAUUUGCCUAAGAGUUCAAGUAUUGUGAGCUUGAAGGAAGCUUGUGAGGAUGAUAAUGCGGUGCAUUUAGUAAUGGAGUUGUGUGAAGGAGGAGAGCUUUUUGAUCGGAUCGUUGCUAGAGGACAUUAUACAGAAAGAGCUGCUGCUGCCGUUACUAGAACUAUUCUUGAAGUGGUGCAACUUUGUCAUAAACAUGGAGUUAUUCAUCGAGACUUGAAGCCUGAGAAUUUUUUGUUUGCUAAUAAGAAGGAGAAUUCGCCUUUGAAAGCUAUUGAUUUUGGUCUCUCCAUAUUCUUCAAACCAGGUGAGCGGUUUUCCGAAAUUGUGGGAAGUCCAUAUUAUAUGGCUCCAGAGGUGCUUAAACGGAAUUACGGUCCUGAAAUUGAUAUAUGGAGUGCAGGGGUUAUUCUGUAUAUAUUAUUAUGUGGAGUUCCUCCAUUUUGGGCAGAGUCUGAGCAAGGGGUAGCACAAGCCAUUCUACGUGGUGUAAUAGAUUUUAAAAGGGAUCCAUGGCCAAACAUUUCAGAAUGUGCCAAGAGUUUGGUUAGACAAAUGCUGGAACCUGACCCAAAGAAAAGACUAACAGCAAAACAAGUACUUGAGCAUUCAUGGCUACUAAAUGCCAAAAAGGCUCCAAAUGUUCCUCUUGGAGAUGUUGUGAAAUCAAGGCUUAAGCAAUUUGCCAUGAUGAAUAGAUUCAAGAGGAAAGCUUUGAGGGUUAUUGCUGAUUUCUUGUCUGCUGAAGAAGUUGAAGAUAUCAAAGAAAUGUUUAAAAAGAUAGACACAGAUGAAGAUGGAAUUGUGACUGUUGAAGAACUAAAAGCUGGACUUCUUAAGCAUGGCUCCCAGCUUGGAGAGUCUGAAGUACAGAUGCUUAUUGAAGCUGUUGACACUUUUGGGAAAGGAACUCUGGACUACGGAGAGUUUCUUGCUGUUUCCCUUCAUUUGCAGAAAUUGGCCAAUGAUGAACACCUUCGGAAAGCAUUCUCCUACUUCGACAAAGAUGGAAAUGGUUAUAUUGAACCUGAAGAGCUCCAGAAUGCCUUGAUGGAAGAUGGACUUGAUGAUUGCAGUAAUGUUGCCAACGAUAUCUUCCAGGAGGUGGACACGGACAAGGAUGGCAAAAUAAGCUUUGAUGAAUUUGUUGCUAUGAUGAAAACUGGAACUGAUUGGAGAAAGGCGUCUCGACAUUACUCAAGAGGAAGAUUCAAUAAUCUAAGCAUGAAACUCUUGAAGGACGGUUCUUUGAAAUUAGGGGCUGAGUAAUUAAACAGGUUUAGGUUUGUGUUUGAUUUCAUCUGAAUGGCCGAAUUACUUGGCCAUGCAUAUAUUUGGACCUGUUUUCGUUGAUCACGUUAUUGAUUUUUGGGGGGCUGCUGAUUGGAUUUAGUGGUGUUUUCUGACUUGCAAGGGCAAAUCAGAAGGUAAGUCUGUAAAAUUUCAUGUCAAAUAUUAAUGAAAAGACACUGCCUUAUUGGCCUUGGGCACCAUUGUAUGAUUCUUGCUGCUACAGCAAUGUGUAAUGGUUUUUGGUGAAGAAUAUAUCAGGUUUUUUUUCCA